AUGGCGGCUCAAGAGAAGAACCCAGUCGAGUUAGAGAAGGCCUCCAAGCUGGCUAAUGUUCCCCACUGUGAACAAUAUGAGAGGAUGAUCUCGGGCAUGCUUUACGACUCACUCAUCCCAAAACUUACAAAUGCACGUCUGGCGGCGCGAAAAGCCAUGAAUGAGUACAACACAUGGUUUCCCACAGGCGACGACUUCAACAUAGAGACCAUCACGAAAAGAAGAGCCGAAAUGCUUAAAUCAUUCCUCGGCCAUGUGGCAGAUGAUGAAGUCUUCAUCGAACCUCCCUUCAGAGUCGACUACGGACCCAACAUGUCUGUCGGCAAGCGAUUUUACGCCAACUUUAAUCUGACAGUCUUGGACUCUGCUAUUCUAACAAUUGGCGAUAGAGUCAUGAUUGGACCUAAUGUUAUGAUUUCAACCGCAACUCACGAGACCGAGGUUAGCAGUCGAAGAGCCAAUAUUGAAUAUGCUUAUCCAAUUACAAUUGGCGAUGAUUGCUGGAUUGGAGGCGGUGUUACUAUCUUGCCAGGUGUCACAAUCGGAAAUGGAUGUACUAUUGGGGCAGGUUCUAUUGUUACUAGGGAUAUUCCUGCGUGGAGUGUUGCUGUGGGAUCACCUGCGAGGGUUGUUAGAAAGGUUCAAGAACUGGGCGACUUUGAGGAAGAUGUCAAGCAAAACGGGACCACUAGCGGAUAG